CCGACACUGCGCCGGAAGUACGCGCCGUGGGCUGCCGCGUCCCGCUAUGGCGGCUGCUGGGGCACGCUGGAACCAUGUGUGGGUGGGCACCGAGACUGGGAUCCUGAAAGGGGUGAACCUUCAGCGCAAACAGGCGGCGAACUUCACGGCGGCAGGACAGCCGCGGCGCGAGGAGGCGGUGAGCGCCCUGUGCUGGGGCGCGGGCGGCGAGACUCAGAUCCUGGUGGGUUGCGCCGACAGAACGGUGAGGUACUUCAGCACAGAGGAGGGCCGAUUCCGGGGCCAGAAGCACUGCCCUGGCGGGGAGGGCACGUUCCGAGGUCUCGCCCAGGUCGACGGCACCCUUAUCACAUGUGUGGAAUCUGGGAUUAUCCAAGUCUGGCGUGACAAUGACAAGGAGGCAUCCUCUGACCCACUCCUGGAACUGAGUGUGGGUCCUGGGGUGUGUAGGAUGCGCCAAGACCCGGCACACCCCCACAUGGUUGCCACGGGUGGGAAAGAGCAUGCUUUGAAGGUGUGGGACCUACAGGGGUCUGAGGAGCCUGUGUUCAGGGCCAAGAAUGUACGGAACGACUGGCUUGACCUGCGGGUUCCCAUCUGGGAUCAGGACAUACAGUUCCUCCCUGGGUCUCAGAAGCUUGUCACCUGCACAGGGUACCACCAGGUUCGUGUCUAUGAUCCAGCCUCCCCCCAGCGCCGGCCAGUCCUGGAGGCCACCUAUGGAGAGUACCCGCUUACAGCCAUGACCCUCACUCCUGGGGCCAAUUCAGUGAUCGUGGGGAACACUCACGGGCAGCUGGCAGAAAUUGACCUUCGGCAAGGGCGCCUCCUGGGCUGUCUGAAGGGGUUGGCAGGCAGUGUCCGAGGAUUACAGUGCCACCCUUCAAAGCCCCUACUAGCCUCCUGUGGCUUGGACAGAGUCUUGAGGGUACACAGGAUCCGGAAUCCACGGGGUCUGGAGCAUAAGGUUUAUCUCAAGUCUCAACUGAACUGCCUUCUCUUGUCAGGCAGGGAUAACUGGGAGUUUUCUCCCACCCACCAGGAUGAGCCCCAAGAGCCCCAAGAGGCCAAAAAGGCGCCCCCAGAAGACACAGAGACAGAUCAACUUUGGGCCUCCUUGGAGGCAGCUGCCAAGCGGAAGCUCCCUGAUUUGGAGCCGACCCAAGGGGCUCUCCAAACCAGACGGAGAAAAAAGCAGCGGCCUGGGUCCACCAGCCCCUGAAGAGCCUGUGCUCACUUUGUAAAUAAAUAUCUCAGCACCCAC